UCCCGCCAAAACACCUUCACUAUUUUGCCGCCAAAUUGCUUGUGUUUUAGUAUCAAUUUCCCCCCCAAACCUCAAACCCUCAUCCUCACAAACUUCCUCUCGAUUCUCUCUGCCUCCAUUCGAACACCAUGAAUGAUCUUGACUUCAACCGCGACAAAGAUCUAGCGAAAGAUUUUCUGUCAAACUUCGCUGAUUCUAAUGGUGAAGCCAAAUACAUGAACAUUCUCCAAGAUGUUGCUAAUCGUAAAACCAAGGCUAUUGAGAUUGAGCUCGAAGACUUAGCUGACUACAAGGACUUGGAUGAGGAGUUUCUUCGAAGAAUUGCUGAGAACACUAAACGAUAUAUCACAAUAUUAGCAAGUGCGAUUGAUGAGCUCAUGCCAGAGCCAACGGAGGCUUUUCCAGAUGAUGAUCAUGAUAUUUUGAUGACUCAGCGGUCAGAGGAAGUAACUGAGAACACUGAUGGUUCUGAUCCAAAACAAAAGAUGCCCCCAGAGAUCAAGCGGUUCUAUGAAGUGUAUGUUAAAGCAUCUUCAAAAGGUCGGCCCUUUACAAUUAGGGAGGUCAAGGCUUCAUACAUUGGUCAGCUUGUCAGGAUAUCUGGUAUUGUGACACGUUGUUCGGAUGUCAAGCCACUGAUGCAGGUGGCUGUAUAUACAUGUGAAGAAUGUGGAUUUGAAAUUUAUCAGGAAGUAACUGCUAGAGUAUUCAUGCCUCUGUCUGAAUGCCCAUCCAAACGCUGCACCGUAAAUAAAGCAAAAGGGAACCUCAUCCUUCAACUUCGGGCAUCAAAGUUUUUAAAGUUUCAAGAGGCCAAAAUUCAAGAGUUGGCUGAACAUGUACCCAAAGGUCACAUUCCGCGAUCAAUGACUGUGCACUUCAGAGGAGAACUUACAAGGAAGGUCUCUCCUGGUGAUGUUGUUGAACUGUCAGGCAUUUUUCUACCUAUGCCUUACACAGGAUUUAGAGCAAUGCGAGCUGGGUUAAUUGCAGAUACUUACUUGGAAGCAAUGUCUGUUGGCCAUUUCAAGAAAAAAUAUGAAGAUUAUGAACUUACAGGAGAUGAGGAAGAGCAGAUUGCAAGGUUAGCUGAGGAUGGAGAUAUAUAUAACAAGUUGUCUCGUUCCUUGGCUCCUGAAAUUUUUGGGCAUGAGGAUAUUAAGAAAGCUCUUCUUCUCCUUCUAGUAGGUGCUCCUCAUCGACAGUUGAAGGAUGGUAUGAAGAUAAGAGGUGAUUUACAUAUAUGUUUGAUGGGUGAUCCCGGGGUAGCAAAGAGCCAGCUUCUCAAACACAUAAUUAAUGUUGCACCCAGAGGUGUUUACACAACUGGUAAGGGUAGCAGUGGUGUUGGUCUAACUGCUGCUGUUCAGAAAGAUCCAGUAACUAAUGAGAUGGUUCUUGAAGGCGGAGCACUGGUAUUAGCAGAUAUGGGUAUAUGUGCUAUUGAUGAAUUUGACAAGAUGGACGACUCUGAUAGAACAGCUAUUCAUGAAGUAAUGGAGCAGCAGACUGUUAGUAUUGCUAAGGCUGGGAUCACUACAUCUCUAAAUGCAAGGACUGCAGUGCUUGCUGCUGCUAAUCCUGCAUGGGGAAGAUAUGAUAUGAGAAGGACACCAGCUGAAAAUAUUAAUCUUCCUCCAGCUCUUCUAUCAAGAUUUGAUCUGUUAUGGCUAAUCUUAGAUCGAGCAGAUAUGGAUUCCGAUCUUGAAAUGGCUAGACAUGUUGUUUAUGUGCAUCAAAACAAAGAGUCUCCUGCUCUUGGGUUCACUCCACUUGAACCAUCUGUGAUUCGGGCUUAUAUAUCAGCUGCAAGGAGAUUGUCUCCCUCUGUACCAAAGGAAAUAGAGGAGUAUAUUGCUAGUGCAUAUUCUAGUAUCAGGCAAGAAGAAGCAAAAUCAAACACCCCUCACUCCUAUACAACCGUCAGAACACUUCUAAGCAUCUUGAGGAUAUCAUCUGCACUAGCCAGACUGCGUUUCUCAGAAAAAGUUGCUCAGAGUGAUGUGGAUGAGGCGCUUCGGUUAAUGCAGAUGUCGAAGUUCUCCUUGUAUUCAGAUGAUCGGCAAAGAUCUGGCCUGGAUGCAAUAUCUGACAUUUAUUCAAUCCUUCGUGAUGAGGCUGCUAGGAUGAACAGGCUGGAACUAAGCUAUGCCCAGGCUCUGAACUGGAUUUCCAGAAAGGGAUACAGUGAAGCUCAACUCAAGGAAUGUUUGGAAGAAUAUGCAGCCUUAAAUGUGUGGCAGAUUCAUCCUGAUAGUUUUAACAUCAGAUUCAUUGACGCAUGAUAGACACAGGAUCAAUGUGAAUCCAGUUAUGGUACAAGAUUGUAUCAGUCUCCCUUGCCUGUUAGGUUACUACUUACAGAUAGUAUAAGUAGUACUUCAUCAAGAAUGAGAUUUAGAUCAAAUUAUUGAAAGCCAAUCGAUAUGGGAGGCUAACUGUGUAUGACCAGAGUUGUCAGUCUGUACCAGAAUUUGCUAAAGUGUUAAUUAUUUAUUUGUAGAAGUUUCUACGCCCCUCCUACUUUUUUCAUGGCAAUGUAAUGCAAUGUGAGAAACAAACUGAAAUUGCCUUGUUUAGUGAAAGACUGAAAGCAUUUAUUUUGUAUUAA